CAAUCAUCAUCCUACGAUCCUGGAAAGCUCAUAGCUUCACACCAGCAGACAACACACCCUCUUUUCCACAUACCCCAUUCCCACUACUACUUUUAGACAAGAUGGUCGUCAAGGUCGGCAUCAACGGAUUUGGCCGUAUUGGCCGUAUCGUCUUCCGCAACGCUCACGAGCACUCCGACGUCGAGAUCGUUGCCGUCAACGACCCCUUCAUUGAGCCCCACUACGCUGCCUACAUGCUCAAGUAUGACUCUCAACACGGCAACUUCAAGGGCGACGUCACCGUCGAGGGCAGCGACCUGGUCGUUGGUGGCAAGAAGGUCCGCUUCUACACCGAGCGUGACCCCGCUGCCAUCCCCUGGAGCGAGACUGGCGCCGACUACAUUGUCGAGUCCACUGGUGUCUUCACCACCACCGAGAAGGCCAAGGCUCAUCUGAAGGGUGGUGCCAAGAAAGUCAUCAUCUCUGCCCCCUCGGCCGAUGCCCCCAUGUACGUGAUGGGCGUCAACGAGAAGACCUACGACGGCUCCGCCGAUGUCAUCUCCAACGCCUCCUGCACCACCAACUGCCUGGCUCCCCUCGCCAAGGUCAUCAACGACGAGUUCAAGAUCAUUGAGGGUCUCAUGACCACCGUCCACUCCUACACCGCCACCCAGAAGACCGUCGACGGUCCCUCCGCCAAGGACUGGCGUGGUGGACGUACCGCCGCCCAGAACAUCAUCCCCUCCUCCACCGGUGCCGCCAAGGCUGUCGGCAAGGUCAUCCCCGAGCUCAACGGCAAGCUCACCGGCAUGUCCAUGCGUGUGCCCACAUCCAACGUCUCCGUUGUUGACUUGACUGUCCGCAUCGAGAAGGGCGCCACCUACGAGCAGAUCAAGACCGCCGUCAAGAAGGCCGCCGAUGGUCCCCUCAAGGGUGUUCUGGCCUACACUGAGGACGACGUCGUCUCCACUGACAUGAACGGCAACCCCAACUCCUCCAUCUUUGACGCCAAGGCUGGUAUCUCCCUGAACGACCACUUUGUCAAGCUGGUCUCCUGGUACGACAACGAGUGGGGCUACUCCCGCCGUGUCCUUGACCUGAUCUCCCACGUCGCCAAGGUCGAUGGCAACGCCUAGACUGCGACCAACACCUUGGAACACGGCGUCAACGGCGCCGUUCCCGUCGUCUCGGAGACUGCGAAGCCUGCUUUUCAAUAAUGAAACAAACCCAUGGGGGAAUUAUGGAAAGGCAAUGAACCAAAACAAACUAAAAAGGGGCAGCGAAGAAAAAGUCGGUAACGUCACAACGACUAUUGCGGCCAUGACAACCAAGGCUUGGGUCGGCGCCGUGGGGAGUGUGGCCUAGUGCAGUGGUAGUUAGCUACGUAUGCGACUCCUAAUAAAUAACAAAAAAAUCAGAUU